CGGUUUGAGUGCGCUUUAAGGAAGCCUGCUACCUACGGAGACUGAUAGCUUUGUUAUGCUUAAACUUCGCGGCACAAGAUGGUGUCGCGUAGGACGGCUGAAAGCCGAGUGCAAACACGUGUAGCUAAAUAAACCGAUCAUCUUUUAUUGCUGAAUACCGCAUGAGCGCCGAUGCGGCAGCCAAAGCGCUGUAAGGGCACCAAACGCCCUGCAACAUCGCUUCAGCCAGCUGUGGCUGUGCUGCUUCAUAACCUGCAACGUCACGCCCCAUGUCUGCGACGGCUUUCUCUUGAACCACGAUUGGUACGGGAAACCGGCCAUGCCUCGCCUUUCAGAUUUCCGUCCCAGCCCCAAGGUAGCAGCCACAAAGUACCGGCGCCCCGUGCGCCACCAGCUCAGGAACCAGCACCCAAUGUGCUGCGCUCUUUGACUGGGCAUGUUCAAGCGGCCCUGCGGGAGCGGAAAAGAAUUACAUGGAGGCCGGAGAUUGUUGAGAUUUUGCUUGCCCACCUCACCUCCCUGCCACCGGGGUCCACGAUGAAAGCUCGGCGGGCCAUAGAGAAGCUUGGUUUGGCGCACAUACCGGACCCGGAUGACCGGCUGUACAACGCCGUGACGAUGAAGCUAAUGAGGCUGCGCGUCAGCAUAGCGCAUGGGUUUAACCCUAUGGAGGGACGACGCCUACCCCAAGUUCCAACCGGGACAUAUGACUUCCGGGCCUGGCUGCGGCGCGCGUUCAUGGCGCUGCCCAACCGCACGGGCACCACCAUCCAAGUCGCAGCUGUUUUAGAGGCGGACCCAGACAUUGAGCCAAAGCUGGACAGGAGGCUGUGUCCCACUGACCACAACACACAAAUGUGGUUGCGGGGCCUGCGACGUGCGGUUAACAGGUACCCGGAGUUCGUCAGCACGGGUCAGCGGCAGGGCCAUAGCAUGCUGUUCCGUUACGAUGAGGAGGUGGCCCGGCAGCAGGAUGAGGCGGGCGGCAAGCCGCCCAAGGUUCCCAAGCACCGGGCGCCGUAGCAGAUGGGGCCGGCGCCAUUGAGCAGGGGCAGACGUGUGCUGUUGUACACAGAGUGCGGGGCAGCUCAGGGCAUCGCGUGUUGUUGGCAGCCUGGGGGCCUGCGGGCGUAAUGACAGCAGGAAUGCGAAUAAGACAGACCUGAAAUUAGACAGUUGACUGCUGCUGUGACGUGCUGGGGCGAAAUACGCAGAUGGGUUGUCGCACCUUCUUAACCCCAGACGAUUCGCUCCUAGGCCAGGCAGCCUCCUGUGCUGGCGGGCAAGGUGUCGUGGGUGUCACACUCAAGACCUGAUUUGUGGAGGUGCUUGCCGAAAUAGCCGCGGCCGUGCAGCUUGGUAUAACCACGAAGGCGACAGUGGAGGUUGCCAAACUGCCCCGCCGACUACUUCCGCACUGAAGGGGGGGGAGGCGUGGCCUCAUGUGCCGGUGGUGGUGACCUGUGCAAUACCGGCAUUUUGUAUUGCUGUGUGACUGCGGCU